GCCGCCCGGAGCAUGCGCUGCGUGGGGCGGCGGGCGGCUGGCGGCGCCGCUCCUCCCCGGCAGCCGCGGCGGCAGCCACCGAGCCCGGCCCCGCUGCUGCCGCCGGUGCCGCCGCUCGGGGCCGCGGUGGCGGCCGCGGAUCUUUGAGCACCCGCCGGGGAACGGCGCUGUCAGCCGGCCAGCCGCCCCCCAUCCCCGGUCUGAGCCCGAAUUGAGGAGAGAGGAGGAGAGCGGCGAGCAGCGGCCAUGGGCAACGAGGCGAGCCUGGAAGGAGGAGAGGGGCUGGGAGCCUUCCCCGAAGGGGCGGCGGCGGCCGGGGAUGGCGGCGGCCCCGCGGCCCCUUUGCAGCGCCUGGUGCCGGCCGGCGUGGAGGCGGACCUGAGCCAGCUGAGCGAGGAGGAGAGGAGGCAGAUCGCCGCUGUCAUGUCAAGGGCGCAGGGGCUGCCCAGAGGGAACCUCGCCGGCGCGGAGCCGCCUCCCAUGCAAAGACAUCCCGAGCUUGAUACAAGCCACCAUCCCAGACAGCCAAGUAAGCCUCCAGAUCCAGGACCUGGUUUAAGUAAAAGCAGAACAGUAGAUGUGCUGAAGACAGAACAACGGGCACCUGGACGGAGUCCUUCUUCUAUUAGUUUAAGAGAAUCAAAGUCCAGGACUGAUUUUAAAGAAGAUCAGAAGCCAAGUAUGAUGCCCAGUUUUCUCUCAGAAGCCAAUCCAUUGAGCGCAGUCACUUCAGUUGUGAACAAAUUCAAUCCUUUUGAUUUGAUAUCAGAUUCAGAUGCAGCCCAUGAAGAAGCCAGUAGGAAACAAAAGGUUAUCCAGAAAGAGCAGGGGAAACCUGAGGAGCAGAGGGGCAGUGCAAAACUUCCAGCUCAACAACAGUCUCCAAAGCCAGUUCAGCCACAAGGACAUGUCAAACCUACCCCUCAGCAAAGCGAGUCUUCCAAAGCAGUGCCUCAGCAGCAUCAACCUGGGGAGCCAAAGCAAAUUCAGAAACCAGGCCCUGGUCACUCAGCAGACUCUAAGGUAGAACAAGUGAAACAACCACCCCAGCCACGAGGACCACAAAAAUCUCAACCCCAACAGUUGGAACCAACAAAGCCUGUUCAGCAACAAACUUCUGCAAAACCUUCAGUGAGCCCAGCAAAGCCAUUACCACAGCAGCCAGACAGUGCUCGAACAUCAUCUCAAGCACCACCUCCUGCUAAACCAUCAUCACAGCAGCUGGGACCUGUAAAACAAUCAUCUCAACAGCCGGCAAGGCAAGGAGGUCCUGUCAAGCCAUCCUCCCAGCAAGCAGGGCCUCCAAAGCAGCCUUCUCAGCAACCUGGACCUGAAAAGCCAUCUGCUCAGCAAACAGGACCUGCAAAACAACCACCACAGCCUGGACCUGGGAAACCACCUCUGCAGCAGACUGGGCCUGUAAAACAAGCACCACCACAGUCUGGGCCUACAAAACCACCUCCUCAGACUGCAGGGGCCACAAAGGCCCCAGUACAACAGCCAGGACUUACAAAACCAGCAGGCCAGCAACCAGGGCCUGAAAAACCCUCACAGCAAAAGCAAGCCAGUGCAACCCAACCUACUGAAUCCACCCCAAAGAAAACCUUUUGCCCUCUUUGCACUACCACUGAACUGCUGCUGCACACUCCAGAAAAGGCCAAUUACAAUACAUGCACGCAGUGUCAUACUGUAGUCUGCAGUCUGUGUGGAUUUAAUCCUAAUCCUCACAUAACAGAGAUUAAAGAAUGGCUCUGUUUAAACUGCCAGAUGCAAAGAGCGUUAGGUGGUGACUUAGCACCAGGUCAUGGUCCUGGGCCACAGCUGCCUCCACCCAAACAGAAGACACCUACUCCACCUUCAGCAGCUAAAACACCUCCUCAGCCACAGCCAAGUCAAAAGAAAGAUGCUACCCCAAAACCUGACCCUGCACAGCUAGCAGAACCUAAAAAGCCCCUGCCACAGAAAAAGCAACCAUCCAUGCCAGGGUCUCCCCCUGUAAAAGCAAAAACAUCCCGUGCUGAGCCUGCUGACUCCUCCCAGCAAAUAGAUUCUACUCCAAAGUCUGAUCAGGCCAAGCCAGCUCAGGCUGAUGAUAAGCAAAAACAACCCAGUAUACAGAAGCCUACGACAGAUACUGUGGCUACCCCUGCAGCACCGGGGCUGAAGCAGGAUUCGGCAGGUCCCAGGCCUCCACCAACUCAACAGAAAAUGACAGAUUCCCCAAAGCCAGAGCCUGCCAAACCAUCACAGGACACACAUCCAGCUGGAGACAAACCAGAUUCCAAACCCCUUCCACAAGUGUCUCGGCAGAAGUCAGAUCCCAAACUUUCCGCUCAGCCUGGGGCUAGAUCAGAAGCUAAAACUCAGAAGCCUGUUGAGCCAGCGCAAGUAAAAGAUGAUCCUAAGAAGUUACAAACAAAACCAUCCCCAAAGCCUGACACCAAACCAGCUCCCAAGGGCCCACAAGCAGGGGCAGGCCCCAAGCCUGUGCCAGCACAGCCAGCACCUCAACCCCAGCAGCCUCAGAAAACUCCUGAGCAGUCAAGGCGUUUCAGCCUUAACCUGGGAGGCAUCACUGAUACCCCUAAGCCUCAGCCUACAACACCACAGGAAACAGUAACUGGCAGACUUUUUGGAUUUGGAGCUUCAAUCUUCAGCCAGGCCUCCAAUUUAAUUUCCACAGCAGGUCAGCCAGGCCCUCAGACAUCAGGCCCCGCUUCAGCCGGUCCUGCUGCGAAGCAGCCCCAGCCUCCAGCACAGCCUCCAGCCUCCCAGGCACCCCCCAAAGAUACUGCUCAGACUAAGCCUUCUCCAAAAGCUGUUCCGGCGAAGAAAGAAGCCAAGCCUCCUGCAAGUGAAAAAAUGGAGCCAGCAAAAGUGGAUAGUGCUUUAACGACUAAGGGAUCUGAUUUAGAAAAGAAACCUAGUUUGGCUAAAGAUAGCAAGCCUCAAGCUGCUGAAGCUAAGAAACCUGCUGGGCUGUCAGAACCGGAAAAGGCCAGCCAACCUAAAGUGUCUUGUCCCCUUUGUAAAACUGGACUAAAUAUUGGUUCUAAGGAUCCCCCCAACUUCAAUACGUGUACAGAGUGCAAGAAGGUUGUGUGCAAUCUCUGUGGAUUUAAUCCAAUGCCACACAUAGCUGAGGUACAGGAAUGGCUAUGCUUAAACUGCCAGACCCAAAGGGCAAUGUCAGGACAACUUGGGGAUAUGGGCAAGGUUCCACUUCCAAAACCAGGCCCUUCACAACCAGUAUCCAAACCACCUGCGACUCCUCAAAAACAGCCUGUGCCUGCUGUCUCACAUUCCCCUCAGAAGACUUCCACACCACCUACUCCAGCAGCCACAAAACCUAAAGAAGAACCAGGCGUUCAGAAGGAAGUUCCAAAGCUUCAGCAGGGGAGGUUGGAAAAAACAUUGUCAGCUGAUAAAAUCCAGCAAGGAAUUCAAAAAGAAGAUGCAAAACUUAAGCAGGGCAAACUUUUCAAGACACCCUCAGCUGAUAAAAUACGUGUCUCUCAGAAGGAAGACCCCAGACUCCAGCAAACAAAACUGACAAAGACACCCUCAUCUGAUAAAAUUUUACAUGGAGUUCAAAAGGAGAAUGCAAAAUUUCAAGAGGCAAAACUGGCAAAAACAUCCUCAGCAGAUAAAAUUUUGCAUGGAGUUCAGAAGGAAGACGUAAAACCUCAAGAGGCAAAAUUGGCAAAGUUACCCUCAGCUGAUAAAAUUUUGCAUGGAAUUCAGAAGGAAGACCCAAAACUCCAACAGAUGAAAAUGGCAAAGGCACUAUCAGCUGACAAAAUCCAGCCUUCAGCUCAGAAGGAAGAUGCACAACUUCAGGAGGCGAAAUUGUCCAAGGCAGUUUCAGCUGAUAAAAUUCAACAUGGAAUUCAGAAAGAAGAUCCAAAUCUUCAACCUGUGAAAAUUGCAAAAGCUUCUUCAGUGGAGAAAAUCCAACAGGAAGCUCAAAAAGAAGAAUCAAAACUUCAGCAAGAAAAGCUGUCAAAGACACUUUCAACAGAUAAAAUUCCUGCAACAGUAAGUUCAGAUCAAAAGAAAACUUCAAGCAAACUUGAAGAAGAUAAAAAACCACUGCUCCCAGAAAAGAAAGCACCACAUUCAGAGGACAAAAAAGAGCAAAUUAUAGCUGAGACAAAAGACCAUGUUGCUGAACAAAAAGGAGAAGUUGAAGCACCUUGUGAGGAACUGCAUGCAAAGAAACAAGAGGAUGCUAAGAAAGAGGGUUUGACAACUGGGAUUACCCCAAUGGUUCUGAAAGCUGAAAAAGCUCAGGAAGAAGAAACUCCCAUUCAAAUAUCACGUGUGCCAAGAUCUGACCAUGUGGAAACAAUGAGAGAAAAAAUGGAAAAGGAGGAUGACAAAUCAGACACAUCAAGCUCUCAGCAACAGAAAAGUCCACAAGGUCUGAGUGACACCGGGUAUUCUUCUGAUGGGAUAUCAAGUUCACUUGGUGAAAUUCCAAGUCAUAUCCCCAGUGAUGAAAAGGAUUUACUCAGAGAAUCUAGUAAAAAAGACACUAUUUCACAAGAAAGUCCUCCAAGCCCCUCGGAUCUAGCUAAAUUGGAAAGUACUGUCCUGUCUAUUUUGGAAGCUCAGGCAAGCACACUUUCUGAUGAAAAAUCUGUGAAGAAGAAAGAACUUCAUGAAGCAUACAGUGAACAGACAAAGGAUCAACAUAAAACAAAGCCUUUGCCAGUCACUCCAGAAUCUUACAGUUCAGAUGAGGAAGACUUAGAAGCUAUUCAAGAAGGUGAAGGAACCAUUGUAGAAGAUGGCAAAGGAAGCACUUCCUCCCAAGCUGAAUUCAAGGAAGGAGACGGAGGAGAUGACAUAUCAGCAAGAAGGCAACGCUAUGAUUCUGUGGAAGAUAGCAGUGAGAGUGAAAACUCACCUGUCCCAAGGAGAAAAAGAAGAGCCAGUGUUGGUUCUUCAAGCAGUGAUGAGUACAAACGAGAUGACAGUCAGGGAUCGGGUGAUGAGGAAGACUUCAUUAGAAAACAAAUUAUAGAGAUGAGUGCUGAUGAAGAUGCCUCAGGUUCUGAAGAUGAUGAGUUCAUUAGAAAUCAGCUCAAAGAGAUCAGUGUAACUGAAAGCCAAAAAAAAGAAGACGUGAAAAGCAAAGCCAAAGGAACUGCUGGAAAACAUAGAAGAAUGGCACGGAAAAGUAGUGCAGGCUAUGAUGAGGAUGCAGGAAGACGACAUUCAUGGCAUGAUGAUGAUGAUGAGACUUUUGAUGAAAGUCCAGAACCAAAAUACAGGGAAAUUAAAAGUCAAGACAGUGAGGAACUUGCUGUAACGGGAGGAGGAGGUCUUCGGCGUUUCAAAACAAUAGAAUUAAAUAGUACAAUAGCAAACAAAUAUUCGGAGGCUUCUGAACAACAGAAAGGUAUCUUAUAUUUUGAUGAAGAACCUGAGCUAGAGAUGGAGAGUCUUACAGAUUCACCAGAAGAUAGAUCUAGAGGAGAAGGGUCUUCUAGUUUACAUGCUUCAAGUUUCACACCGGGUACAUCUCCCACUUCAGUGUCAUCACUUGAUGAAGACAGUGACAGCAGUCCUAGUCACAAAAAACUAGGAGGGGAGAGCAAGCAACAGCGCAAAGCUAGGCAUAGGUCACAUGGUCCUCUUCUUCCAACUAUUGAAGAUUCUUCAGAAGAAGAAGAACUACGGGAAGAGGAAGAAUUGCUAAAGGAACAAGAGAAACAGCGUGAGUUAGAACAGCAACAAAGAAAAAGUUCUAGCAAGAAAUCUAAAAAGGACAAGGAUGAACUGAGAGCUCAGAGAAGAAGGGAACGUCCAAAGACUCCUCCAAGUAAUCUUUCUCCCAUUGAAGAUGCAUCUCCAACAGAAGAAUUACGACAGGCAGCAGAAAUGGAAGAGCUUCACAGAUCUUCCUGUUCUGAAUAUUCACCCAGUAUUGAGUCAGAUCCUGAAGGAUUUGAAAUUAGCCCAGAAAAGAUAAUAGAAGUUCAAAAAGUUUACAAGUUGCCUACUGCUGUCUCUUUAUACUCACCAACAGAUGAACAACGAAUUGGAGUUCCAAAAGAAGAAAGCGGCCAAAAGACAUUGAAAAGUGCUGAAGAGGUAUAUGAGGAAAUGAUACAUAAGAGCCAUAAGGCCAAGCCAUUUCAAAUUGCAAAUGAAAAAGAUGAGGUGUUUGAAAAAGAAUCAUUAUAUGGUGGAAUGCUAAUAGAGGACUAUAUUUAUGAAUCUUUAGUAGAGGAUACUUACAAUGGAACUAUUGAUACUAAUCUUAUAAUGAGACAAGAUGAGAGUAGUGAGUAUAUACAGCAGAGAGGAAAAGAGAAAAAAAUAAGAGCUUCAGAACAGAUCUAUGAAGAACCACAGAAAAUUACUGAUCUACAGGAAGACUACUAUAGUGUAGAGCCUUUACAUUCAAUUGUGCCUCAAGAAGAUAUUGUUUCUAGUUCUUACAUUAUUCCAGAAAGUCAUGAAAUAGUUGUAUUAGACAGCACGGUAAAUUCCACUUCUGAGGAAAAGCAGUUGUUAGAUGCAGAAGCUGCUUAUGAAGAACUUAUGAAAAGACAGAGAAUGCAGCUAACCCCCGGGUCCAGUCCAACACAGCCAACUUCAGGUUUUGUUCCUACAUCUGAUACAAAGAUGUCUAGUAUUGGAGAAAUAGUGGAUAGUACAUCUUUAACAUCAAGUACUACUUCAGCAAUCUCAGAUGUAUCAUCUCUCAGUAGUACAGCACUUUCUAUUCCAGAUGUUAAAAUAACUCAGCAUUUUACGGCAGAGGAAAUUGAAGAUGAAUACUUAACAGAUUAUGCCAGAGAAAUUCAAGAAAUAAUUUCUCAUGAAACAUCAAUGUUGACAUACUCUGAAACAUCAGAAGGUGCUGCAUCAGUUUUACCCUCUGAUACAGCUUCCUUAACAUCAUCUACAUCUUCAGUUUGUACCACAGAUAGUUCAUCACCUAUAGAUAGUGUAACCACAGGUUAUGUAGAUACAGCAGAUGCUGUAAGUAAACUAGCAGAUUCUGAAGAUGUCAGGAUAAUAGCCCAAAUUCCCUUAACAUCUACAAAAGAGUACUCUGAGGUGAGCAUGCCUUAUGAAUCUGUUGUUGGAGCCACUAAAAGGCCAGCUAUAGCCUCAGAUAUGGAGAGAGUGGAUCAAGCUGCAGUUUGUUUGCCUGAAACUGCACCUUCAUUAGUGUCCACUACAGUUAUAAAACCCAAGCAAUAUGCAACUGAUAUCAUUACAUUUGAUACCUCCAAAGCAGAAAAGGUUGCAGCUAGAAAAAUGAAAAGUACAGUAGAGGCUGGCAAUAUCAAAAUUCCUCAUGAAGAUUUAAACAAAGAAUUGAGCAUUGAUAUGACAAGGAUUAAUUUGACUGGUGAUACAUCUGAGCAACCACCCACAUGUAUAGCAUCAGUUCAAGUUAAAGAGCCUGCAUCAGAAACAUCUUCUGUACCUUCUCCCAGUGUUGUAAGUAAGACCAGCAUGGUCUCUGUGCCUUCCUCAGCUCCUGCUCCUACAUCCAAAGUAUUUUCACUUUUUAGAAGCUCUUCUUUGGAUUCUCCUGCACAACCUUCUCCACCCCCACCUCCUCCUCCUCCACCACCACCUCCUCCACCAUUACCUCCACCUAUUUUGCCCAAACCAGCCAUUUAUCCCAAAAAGAAGUCACAGAUUAAGACUCCAGUGGCAACAGCACCCACAAUGGUACCUUCAGUCACAAGUGUUCCAACACUAGACUCCACAGCUGUUUUUAAGAAUCAUGUGGUACCUAUCACAAAAACAUACACCCCAACACCACCUCCUGUACCACCCAAACCAUCCUCCAUUCCAGCAGGGCUCGUUUUCAGUCACAGGCCCACUGAGGUAACAAAACCUCCAAUUGCUCCUAAACCAGCAGUUCCUCCACUCCCAAUAGCUGUUCAUAAGCCAGCAGAAACACAGGCAAAACCAACAGGUUUGUCAUUGACUUCAAGUAUGACUCUGAAUUUGGUCACUUCAGCUGAGUACAAAAUAGCAUCUCCCACAUCCCCUUUGUCUCCACACUCUAACAAAUCAUCACCAAGGUUGACAAAGCCCUCACAGGAAACCUAUGUUGUCAUCACAUUGCCAUCUGAGCCUGGAACUCCUACAGAAGCUAUCACUAGUCAGGCUGUUAGCAGCUGGCCUUUAGAAGCACCUUCUAAAGAACAGAUUCCCCAGCCUAUGCAACCAAUUUUUACUCCAUCCAUGAAAGCUAUGGAAAUUCCAAGUAUGGCAGAUCAGAGUAUGUAUAUUUCAGGUGCUUUGCAAACUAUCCCUGUUACAACACAAUCAACUUUUGAAAAAGUACCUAGUUCAAAAUCAGAAGGAGUAACAACAGAGGUAGCCAAGACUACAGUGUCUGUAGCGAAGGGCCCAGUGCCCAGUGUUGGUUUAGGUAGUGUCGCUAUUACUAUACCUCCAGAACCAAUACAUAUAGUAGAUCAACCCAGGUAUAGAGAGAAUGGAAGAUUCCAUCCUUUGGGUGAUGUCAUCGAUCUUCGCACUUUAACUAAGAUGGAUAUUGAAAUGAGAGACAGCUGUAUGGAUCUGUCUGCUGUUUCCAUGGAUGUGAGAAGGCUAAUGCCGGCAAGUGACACAUGUGGACGACCAGUAAGUACUGUCCAGCCAGCUAUAAUAAAUCUUAGCACUGCAUGUGUUGCAGAUCCUUCUCUGUCUGUAGUCACUGAGACAGUAACUGUCAUGACCUCCACUGCCCCUGUAAGCUACACUUCCAGUACAGACAGCCUUGUGGAUCUGGGACAUGCAAUGACAACUCCACUGCAGCUAACAACAUCAAAACAUUUUGAGCCUGCAUACAGAGUAACAGACAGCCAAGCGUUCUCUGCAAGUAGAGAUGAAGUGCCAAUAAAUUUAUCCCUAGGUACUUCAACCCAUGCAGUGACAUGGGCUACUACAAAGCCUGUUACUGUACCACCUGUUGGUGUUACAAACGGUUGGACUGAUCUCUCGACUUCUCAGGAGCCAAUGGAGAGUGGAGCAGUUGACCUUAGCACUACAAAAUCCCACAGAACAAUAGUAACAAUGGAUGAAACUACUUCAGGUGUCAUAACUACAGUAAUAGAAGAUGAUGAAAAGCCUGUGGAUCUCACUGCAGGGAGAAGAGCUGUCUGCUGUGAUAUGGUUUAUAAAUUGCCAUUUGGUAGGAGCUGUACAGCACAGCAACCUCCAACUACGCUUCCUGAAGAUCGCUUUGGUUACAGAGAUGACCAUUAUCAGUAUGAUCGUUCAGGGUCAUAUGGCUACAGAGGAAUGGGAGGUAUGAAACCAUCUAUGUCUGACACAAAUUUAUCAGAAGCUGGACUGUUUGCAUACAAAAGCAAGAAUAGCUUUGAUUAUCGAGUUGGGGCAACUGAUGCAGCAGUAGAUCUUACUUCUGGAAGAGUUACUACAGGUGAGGUUAUGGAUUACUCAAGCAAGACCACUGGUCCUUACCCAGAGACUCGGCAGGUAAUUUCUGGCAUCGGGAUCAGUACACCACAGUACUCCCAAGCAAGAAUGGUAUCAUCUCUGAGUUCCCCAUUCGGCGUUGGAAGUGUUUUGAGAUCAUCCAAUGGUGUUGUUUAUUCUUCAGUAGCAACUCCCAUCCCAUCCACAUUUGCCAUCACUACACAACCCGGUUCUAUUUUCAGUACAAGUGUCAGAGAUUUACCUACUCUCCAAACAAUUGACUCAGUGCCCUCCUUAUCAACUUUGCAACAGAAUCAACCUCUCCCAAGGUCGUACAGUUUCUUGACAACAGUGGCAACUGAAAAAGAUGCAAUUACUGCCCUUGAUAUUGAGACAGGCUUGCCACCUCUUACUCUAGAAACUAUUGCCACUGAGCCAACUAACUUAAUACCUUCAACAGCAUCUGAAGUUUAUACAGACGUAAUCGAAGAUGAGGUUGCUCUUCUCAUUGCCCCUGAAGAAGGCAAACAGCAGCAGCUUGAUUUGGAGCGUGAACUUCUUGAGCUUGAGAAAAUUAAGCAACAGCGCUUUGCUGAAGAGCUGGAAUGGGAACGUCAGGAAAUACAAAGAUUCAGGGAACAAGAGAAAUUUAUGGUACAAAAAAAGCUUGAGGAGUUGCAAUCCAUGAAACAUCAUCUCUUAUUUCAGCAAGAGGAGGAACGGCAAGCUCAGUUUAUGAUGAGGCAGGAGACUUUAGCACAGCAACAGUUGCAACUUGAACAGUUCCAACAACUUCAACAACAGCUCCAUCAACAGUUAGAGGAACAAAAAAUUCGUCAAAUAUAUCAAUAUGGUUAUGACCCUUCAGGAACUGGCUCACCACAAACAACCACAGAUCAAGCACUUUUGGAAGGACAGUAUGCAACCACAGAAAACAGCCAGUUUUGGCCUACUGAUGAUGUAACCACUACAGCUUCAGGAGUGCUGGGUAUUGAAAUUCCACAAAGCCAAACAUGGUAUACAGUUCAGUCAGAUGGCAUUACCCAAUAUAUACCUAGGUCUGGUAUCCUAAGCUCUGUUUCAGAAAUGUCUCUUAAGGAUAUUGAUGUUAGAGAGGAGAAGCAAUUGAAAAAGAGAAGUUCUAUGCCAAAAUUACGUGGUCCAUAUGAGGAGCUGGAUGAGACUCUGGAAGAUGAGCCCAGGUGUUUCAAAAAGAUAGUAGACAGUGGAGUACAAACUGAUGAUGAAGACGGAGCAGACAGAGGUUACACAAACAGGAGACGGAGAACUAAAAAGAGUGUUGAUACAAGUGUUCAGACAGAUGAUGAAGAUCAAGAUGAAUGGGACCUUUCUAGCAGAUCUAGAAGAAAGCCUCGUGUAGGGAAAUACAGUGAGAGUACCACUGAGGCAGACAAAGCUAAACAGUUUUCCAAAGUAUCUAGUAUUGCAGUUCAGACAGUAGCAGAGAUUUCAGUACAAACAGAACCUGUAGGAACAAUAAGAACACCUUCAAUCAGGGCCCGAUUGGAUGCUAAGGUUGAAAUCAUAAAGCACAUUUCAGCGCCAGAAAAGACAUAUAAAGGAGAAAGUUUGGGAUGUCAAACAGAGACAGAGUCAGAUACUCAAAGUCCCCAAUAUCUGUCAGCUUCAUCCCCUCAGAAAGAUAAAAAACGCCCAACACCAUUAGAAAUAGGCUACUCAGCCCACCUUCGUCCAGACUCUACACUGCAGGUAGUCCCUUCCCCUCCCAAAUCUCCCAAAGUUCUCUAUUCACCCAUUUCACCUGUUUCACCAAGCAAAGUUAUAGAGUCAGCAUUUGUACCCUAUGAAAAACCCAUCACUGAUGACAUCAGCCCUCAGAAGAUGCUGCAUGCUGACAUUGCCAAGGUUCCUCCAUCAAGCCCAAAGGCGGCAAAGAUGAUGCAACGCUCUAUGUCUGAUCCUAAGCCCCUGAGCCCCACAGCAGAAGACAGUUCCAGAGCUCAGUUUCAGUACUCUGAGGGUUUCAUGACUAAAGGUUCUUCAAGUAUCACUCCAUCUGGCACUCAGAAGAAGGUGAAGAGGACUCUGCCCAACCCACCUCCAGAGGAAGCAACAGCAGGAACUCAAUCACCAUAUACUUCUGUGGGAUCCGUUUCACGCAGAAGGAUUUGCAGGACCACCACUAUGGCCAGAGCCAAAAUUCUUCAGGAUAUAGACAGGGAAUUGGAUCUGGUUGAACGGGAAUCAGCCAAGCUUAGGAAAAAGCAAGCAGAGCUAGAUGAGGAGGAAAAAGAAAUAGAUGCCAAACUGAGAUACUUGGAAAUGGGCAUUAAUAGGAGGAAAGAGGCCUUAUUAAAGGAAAGAGAAAAGAGAGAGCGUGCCUAUCUCCAAGGAGUAGCAGAAGAACGUGAUUAUAUGUCAGACAGUGAAGUUAAUAAUACCAGGUCAACAAGAAUAGAAACUCAGCACGGCUUGGAAAGACCACGUACUGCACCCCAAACAGAAUUUAAUCAGUUUAUUCCACCACAAACCCAGCCAGAAACACAGUUUGCCCCUGCUACAAGCCCAUAUGCUCAAUAUCAAUAUUCAUCUCCUGCCCUGCCUACACAAGCACCAACUCAGUUCACACAGCAAUCACAUUACCAACAACAGCAGCCUUUGUAUCACCAGCAGGUUUCACCCUAUCAGACCCAAACAGCUUUCCAAACAGGAGCUACUAUGUCCUUUACUGCACAGGCUCAACCUCCACCAACUCAACAGCCGUCAUAUCAGCUCCCAUCACAGAUGAUGGUGAUACAGCCAAAGCCAAGACAAACUCCAUUAUAUUUGGAGCCUAAGAUAACAACAAACUAUGAUGUGAUUCGCAAUCAACCUCUCAUGAUAGCACCAGUUUCAACUGACAAUAGUUAUGCAGUUUCCCAACUAGGUAGUAAAUACACUACGUUGGACUUACGAUUAGGACUAGAUGAGAGAAACAGCAUGGCAAGCAGCCCUAUAUCAAGCAUAUCUGCAGAUUCAUUCUAUGCAGAUAUAGACCACCACCAUACACCCCGAAAUUAUGUGCUGAUUGAUGACAUAGGAGAACUUACUAAAGGAACAGGAACACUGGGUUCCAGUUUUAGCCUCCAUGAGAAAGAUCUUAGCAAAACAGAUAGACUACUUCGCACAGCUGAGGCCAGGAGAGCACAAGAAGUAUCAGACUUCCUAGCACCACUGCAGACUUCUUCUAGGUUACAUUCCUAUGUUAAAGCUGAUGAAGACCCAAUGGAGGACCCAUAUGAGCUCAAACUUCUGAAACAUCAGAUAAAGCAAGAGUUCCGUAGAGGUGCAGAAAGUCUUGAUCACUUGGCUGGCCUAUCACAGUAUUAUCAUGCGGAGGGCAGCUACAGGCAUUUUCCCAAAUCUGAGAAAUACAGCAUAGGUAGGCUUACCCUUGAGAAACAGGCUGCUAAGCAGCUUCCAGCAGCCCUCCUCUACCAAAAGCAGUCAAAACACAAGAAAGCUUUGAUAGACCCCAAACUAACAAAGUUUUCACCCAUCCAAGAAAGCAGAGACCUCGAGCCUGACUAUUCAACCUACAUGACUUCAUCAAGCACUUCAUCACUUGGGGGAAUUACUACUAGGGCAAGGCUUCUUCAGGAUGAUAUCACUUUUGGCCUUAGAAAAAACAUCACUGACCAACAGAAGUACAUGGGGCCACCACUGACUUCAUCCAUUGGAGCAGGCCUUGGGACAGCUCUAGGUCCAACAAUGAGAUCCACAUUACAAGAUGAAGCAGACAAGUCUUAUAGCAGUGGUAGUAGAUCUAGGCCCUCAUCUAGACCCUCCUCAGUUUAUGGGCUUGAUUUGUCAUUGAAAAGGGAUUCUUCCAGUUCUUCUUUAAGACUGAAAGCCCAAGAAGCUGAACCCCUAGAUGUGUCGUUUAGCCAUGCAGCACCUUCUGGAAGAACUAAACCCACCAGUCUACCUAUUAGCCAAAGCAGGGGAAGGAUCCCGAUAGUAGCGCAGAACUCAGAGGAAGAGAGCCCACUAAGUCCCGUUGGCCAGCCAAUGGGAAUGGCAAGAGCAGCAGCUGGACCCUUGCCACCAAUAUCUGCAGAUACCAGGGACCAGUUUGGAUCGAGCCAUUCAUUACCUGAGGUCCAGCAACAUAUGAGGGAGGAGUCACGGACUCGAGGCUAUGAUCGAGAUAUAGCCUUCAUCAUGGAUGACUUCCAGCAUGCCAUGUCAGACAGUGAAGCCUAUCAUCUGCGUCGUGAAGAAACAGAUUGGUUUGACAAGCCCAGGGAAUCUCGUUUGGAGAAUGGACCUGGCCUGGACAGAAGGCUGCCAGAGAAGUUGUCCCACUCUCGACCACCAAGUCAACACCAAGAUCAAAUUAGCUGCCAAAUAAAUGGGAAGCCCCUGCAGUACAUUUUCCCUCAUGCAAGGCUCAAACUACUGAGAGACCCAAAGGAUCACACAGUUUCAGGCAAUGGACUGGGUAUCCGAGUCAUAGGUGGAAAAGAAAUUCCAGGAAGCAGUGGGGAAACUGGAGCUUACAUUGCCAAGAUCUUGCCUGGGGGCAAUGCAGAGCAGACAGGGAAGCUGAUAGAAGGAAUGCAGGUGCUGGAGUGGAAUGGCAUCCCUUUGACUGGAAAAACCUAUGAAGAAGUCCAGAGUAUUAUUAUUCAACAAAGUGGGGAAGCAGAAAUAUGUGUAAGACUGGACCUGAACAUGCUCUCAGAUUCUGAGAAUCCCCAGCACCUGGAACUGCAUGAGCCGGUAAAGGCAGUAGAUAAAGCAAAGUCCCCGGGGGUUGAUCCCAAGCAGCUGGCUGCAGAGCUCCAAAAGGUUUCCCUACAGCAGGCGCCUCUGGUUGCUUCCUCGGGAGUGGAAAAGGCAUCACACGUUCAUUCUGGAGCCACUUCUGCCACCUCCAGCGCUAUUCCCAGCCCUGGUCAGCCUGGUUCUCCUUCAGUCAGCAAAAAGCGACAUAGCAGCAAGCCCACUGAAGGUACGAAGUCUGCUUCCCAUCCAAUUACUGGAGAAAUUCAGCUUCAAAUCAACUAUGACAAACACCUUGGCAACCUUAUCAUCCACAUCCUUCAGGCAAGAAACCUUGCUCCCAGAGACAAUAAUGGCUAUUCUGACCCCUUUGUUAAAGUUUAUCUUCUUCCAGGGAGAGGACAAGUCAUGGUUGUCCAAAAUGCAAGUGCUGAGUACAAGCGGAGAACUAAGUAUGUGCAGAAAAGCUUGAAUCCUGAGUGGAAUCAGACGGUCAUUUAUAAAAAUAUCUCUGUGGAGCAGCUGAAAAAGAAAACACUGGAAGUGACUGUCUGGGAUUAUGAUAGAUUCUCAUCGAAUGACUUCCUUGGUGAAGUAUUAAUCGAGUUAUCCAGUGUCUCUCAGCUUGACAACACUCCUCGGUGGUACCCUCUGAAAGAACAGAGUGAAAACAUUGAUCAUGGGAAAUCCCAUUCUGGACAGAGUAGCCAGCAAUCUCCAAAACCAUCUGUCAUCAAGAGCAGAAGUCAUGGAAUCUUUCCGGAUCCCUCUAAGGACAUGCAGGUGCCCACCAUUGAGAAAUCCCACAGCAGUCCAGGGAGCUCCAAAUCUUCUUCUGAAGGACAUCUACGCUCUCAUGGGCCAUCCCGCAGCCAAAGCAAAACCAGCGUCACUCAAACCCACCUUGAAGACGCUGGGGCAGCCAUCGCCGCUGCUGAAGCAGCUGUCCAACAGCUUCGUCUUCAACCAACAGCACAUAAAAGCGGUCAGUCUAAUCAUGCCAGGAAGCAGCACAGACACAGCAUAGCAGGAGUCCUCCCUAUUCAAAGAACUCAGUCUGACAAUCUGCCUCCACCAGCCAAUGACAACAAAGACCAAAGCCAACUAGCCCUCAGGAAAGUGAUGUCUGAUGGACCAGUCAAGCCUGAAGGAGCAAGGUCUACUAACCACCGACCUGCAGAAAGUUCUGUCUCCACUGGCUCAUCAGCCAGUAGUUUUGGCAGUGGAUACAGCAUGGAUAGUGAAGGCAGCAGCAGUGCCACAGGAGAGAAUAAUCUGUUUCCCAUCCCAAGAAUAGGGAAGAUGAGCCAGAAUGGACAAGAACCAGUAAAGCAGUCGGGAGUGGGAUUAACCGAUGCAGAAGGUAAAACACAGGUUAUGGGUGAAAUCAAGAUUGCAUUAAAAAAGGAAAUGAAGACAGAUGGAGAACAGCUGAUAGUAGAAAUCCUUCAGUGCAGAAAUAUCACAUACAAAUUUAAAUCUCCAGAUCAUCUACCAGACCUGUAUGUGAAGCUGUAUGUUGUCAACAUCUCUACACAAAAGAGAGUAAUUAAGAAGAAAACCAGAGUAUGCAGGCAUGACCGAGAGCCUUCGUUCAACGAAACAUUUAGAUUUAGUUUGAGUCCUGCUGGGCAUUCUCUUCAGAUUCUCCUUGUCUCCAAUGGAGGGAAGUUUAUGAAAAAGACACUGAUUGGGGAAGCUUAUAUCUGGCUCGACAAAGUGGAUCUAAGGAAAAGAAUAGUAAACUGGCACAAACUAUUGGUCAGCUCUACACAAGCACACUGAGCAGAGCUGUCUGCUUGGGGCACAAAACCUUCAGUGUCUGCUAUAAACAGCAUCACUCCAAGACUAUAGUUUGAUAUCAUUGUAUUUAGCUAGUCUUUCAGAAUACAAAGUAGAAAAGAACAGUCUCUAGGCUACAUAGCACACUUAAAUGAGGGCUAGUACACUUGUUUUGCUGUAAGAAACAGCAAAGUAAAAAACAACAACAACAACAACAAAAAACUGAGCCCAGAAGUUAAAGUGAGGCUGUUUGAAAUGAAGACUGCUAUGAGGGCUCUCUGUUGUUGGACUCUUUGUGAAGAGAGUAACUGUGAAGGAAAUAAUGAAGGCUGGAAGGCAGGUGUUAAUGCAGAGUUCAGCUGCAGCUGGAGGUAGUGUGAUGGAAAGAGCAGUCUGGUUUUCUGUGCAACCAGAAGGAGAUCAUUUUAUGCAAAAGCACCUGGGGUGACUGACUUUCCAAAUCUCACUUAGAAGUGCAGACUUGUUCCUCUGCACCUUAGGAUCUUUGAUAAUUUGCUGUAGUGAGAUUAUGCCACUUGACACAAACUGCUAGGUGUUUGUAAGAGUGGUAAUGUUAUUUUAUGUUACUUCUUUCCUUCUUUCUUUUUUCUUUAAGUACUAUGUUGUGGAGAAUUAGACCCAAUUGUUUCAUAUGUUUCUGUGUAUUAAUGGAUAUAAACCACUGUCCUAGAAUGCAAUGGAAAAAAAAACAAACAAACAAAAAAAAAACACUAUAUUAAUGGUCUAUAAUUUGGGAUGUGGUUUUAAAGAGAAAUGUCAAGAUGUAAAAUGCAAUACAUCAGGAAGAAAAAAAUCUUGUUUUGAUGUCACUGUCACUGUACUUCAUCUUACCUUUUGAAUCCGCAGCUUUAACAAAGUUUGGAAUUGAGGCGGUUUAAGCACUGGGGACUAGCACAACUAUUUCAAGUAGUUCUAUUUUUCAGCAGUCAGUCUUAUUCCAAACGUGUACAGAGAUAAUGAACUCUAGACUAUCCUGUAGGCACUUUGGAGCAGUAGACCCACUGUGCUCUGUAUCAACAUCACCUCAAAUCUAAGGAAAGGGAUACAAGGACAGUUUCUGCCUGGAGGCUCUUGCAUUAAGGAGAGUUGAGAAUAUCCUCUUACUAUCUCAGGUGAAUGUCUGAGUACUGAGUUAUGAAAGAAGUAAAUAGGAAGAUAACUUGCAAAACUUAAGACUAUCAAUACUUCCACAGUCCCGUUUUCAGGGGUUUGCAACUGAGCAGUUAGCUCUCUUUGGACAAAAAUUAUUGCAUGGGAUGAUUUAGUCUAUGUGUUACAUUUUCCUUCUUACCAUUUCUGAAGAAGAAAGGAGACCUUUUUUUUUUUCAUUCCUGAAAUUAUAGCAUUUUUUUUUUAAAAAAAAACAAGAUUCAUUAUAGUAUUAUCUCCCUUGUUACUGAGAAGUCAGUUAAUAUUUCACAUUUCAUUACAAAGCGGUUUCCCUUGAAAUAUUACCUCAUGACCUUUGCAUAUUUAAAAAGAAAAUUACCUAAAUUCUGCACUUCAGACUUUUGUUUUUCUUCACCAAUAAGGACAUUUCACAAAUUGCUUAAUGUAUGUCUUCAUAUGUCUUCUGAAUACCAUUAUAUGUAUCACACUUCCACAGGUUGUACAAGACCAAUUGAAAAUAUUAUUUUGGAAAAUAAUAUAUGCUUUAAAAAGAGAAAAAUACGGCUCAACUCAUUCAGAAGCUGGACUGGCCAUGAAAAAGCCACACUAAUUAAGCUGGAGACACUUCCCACAUACAGUUAUUGAUUUAUAUUUACCAACUUAAAAUAACAGCAUCAAAAAGGAAGAUGGGAAGAAACAGAAAAAAAUUAAGGAUACAUACCAAGAAAACUGCCAUUAACUUGUUCAUAACCUUCUGUUAGCCUGCUGACUUGCAAGCAGAACAGUCUUAUCUAAAUCUUAUGUGAUAACUUAAAAACACAACAUCACUGACAGUGGAAGUGGGAUGUAUGCUUUGAUGUUGAAUAUUAUGCUUUCACUAAUAUAUGUAUACCCUACCUCUCAUAUAUUUUAAUACAGUCAUCUGGAGUUAUUGUAAACAUCCUACAUGUUUUGAUGUUGUGUAUGUUUUUAUAAGACAAUACUUUAAAAAAAUUCCCAAUCAAACCAAAAAAACAUAUGUGGAUAUAUUUGAUGUAUUGCUAUUUUGGUGGGUUAUUUUGCAUUCCUGAUGGCUAUAGUGUGGGAUAUUUUUUUUGUUUGUUUGCUUUGUUUUGCUUAAAAAAAAAAAAAAAAAAAGAAAAGAAAAAAAAAAACAGUCCAGUUUCAAUUACUGUGUGAAGUACAAGCCAUGAGGUGUGCAAUUUUGUGCAAACUGCUGGUAAUUUUGUUCUUGCUAAGAUUUAUAAUAAAGACAGCAAGUCAUGCUGGUAGUUACUAUGGAGAUUUCCAGCAGGAAUGAGCACUAUCUCGCUGCCUUACUGGGAAGGCUGUAAUCAUCACUCUUAAUUGAGAAAGCAGACAGGCAUGUUUUGCUCUCACACACAUACAAAUGUGGCCAAUAUUUUUAUAAUGUAGUUGUGUUGGUUGGUAUAGCUGUGGCUGUAAGGAACACCUACCUUUGCCUGCUAAGCAGCUGUCAGCAACUGGUUUAAUUCAAGCAUUAUUAAUUCUAUGAAAAAUACAGAAAAUGUUGCUGGAUUUUGAAAUGGUAUUUUUGGAUUCCCAUCAUGAGAAGCAAAGAGUAAAGUUUGUCAGGAAUGAGGCACUGCCUCAGCUAGAUGCAGCAAGGAUAGGGCUCUUUUGAUGUCACAUAUGACAGGCUAGUGGCAGACCAUGCCCUCUCUCUUUUCUGAGGCAGCAUCAUUCAGAGGUCAGAGGAUGCUUCCAAAGUGUGCCAAGUUCCUUUUUUUUGACCAAAUUUCUAGGUUGUACUGGAAUCAUACUAUGCAACACAGAUUCAUGUUUGAAUGCUUUUUUUCUUUUUUUUUUUCUUUCUUGUUUUAUGAACGAAGUCAGGAAAAACUCUCUUGUGACAAUGUUUUUUAAAAAAAUAUCAAACAAGGACUAUUAGUAUUUUUUUACUUUUUUGUAUAUAUCUUAGUAUAUUUUUUUCACCUUUUUCUCAUUAUUUUUUGUUUCUGUUAUCUGGCCAAAAAUGCUUAGAUGUGGCAAGAGCUUUUAUCAUUUCUGAGUGAUUGAUUAUUAACGAGUUCACACAUUUCUACAGUUGCUUCAAAUAUGCAUAUUGCAGGGAGGCAAUAGCAGACGUAUUUAAACUUUUUUAUUCAUAAAUCUGCUGAGUCGACAGAGAUUGAAGCUGCUUCUUUGUUCAAGCCCUUAUAUAGUGGAAACAAAUGAAAAAUGAGCAGAAGCACAGUGUGUGUGUUUACAAAUGACAGGGAUUUCUACUGUUAUCAUUAUUAUUAUGCAUACAAUAAGCAGCAAACAUACACUUUUUUUUUUUUUUUUUCCAGGUUAAAACUAAAUAUGAGAGUUUCUAUGAUGAAUGUUGAGCUAGUUCUUUAUCAUUACACUCUAAAGGGAUAGUAUCCAGGGACAAUGAGUGCUGCUUCUUUAUUAUUACCCACAUUUUUACAUUUCAUGGGUCUAGUGUGGAAGAAACAAAAACCCAGUCCAAACCAGCUGAAGUCAAGAACAAUUGUUCUGUUGACUUAAACUGGCAUUAAAUCAAAACCUAUGAAAUUUUUGAGUUAUUUUUCUGGAUGCUGGGUGUUUGCAUGGUUAGGCUGUGGGAUAUGGUAGCUGGUAACCAGCUGAUAUUGAUUCUUACUUUGAGGAUGAUGAUGAAGAAAAAGAAGACAUCUAUUAUAUUGUAUGCUAGUGUGUGCCCAAUAGAGAUUAUUUAAUUAGGAUUUAGUUUCAUGGAGAUAUCAUAAAAAUGUUAAUAGUAUUUUUUUAAAUUAUUAUUUGAAUCAUAACUGACACUAUUUUUAAGUACUUUAUUUUCAUUGCUACAAUGCUGAAUGUCCCAGAUUCCAUUAUUAGAGUAUAUAUCUAGAUAUGUACAUACCUAUGUGAAUAACAGAGAAAAUUUGCAUUUGUGUGAGUGUAACUUAUGAAGGUAAUGAAACAGAGAGGAAAUUUAGUGUAAGUAUCCACCUACAUUAUAUUUAAACCCUAUUCCUCCAUGCCUUGUGAAUUUUUGAUACACCUGGCAUGUAGGAUCUGUUGCUCUUUAAGAAUACAUGCUGCCUUUAGAAUGAAAACAGAUGGAAUAGGCAAAUCCGGAUACUCUCUCUUUAAGUCAUAAAAAGCAUUUUGAUGUUUUCUACAUGUUUUGGUUUAUUAUUUCUAAAAUAUUAAUAAGCAGAUAUGCUGAUGAGCUCAAAGGUUAUAUUAUAUAUAGAUAUCCAUAACUCAAAAUAGAAGAUUUGAGAGAAAGCUGUUUUCUUAAUUUGUUACCCUGUAAAUAAGUACACAUUUUUGUAAAACAAUCUGAGUUUAAAUUAUUAGCUCCAUCUGACAUCCAAGCAUGUGAAUGUGUCCUUAUUUGAUUGUAUCUUAUAGAUGUUCAGUGAUGUGCUCAGGUGCUCAACAAUGGCUGACUAGCGUGUGUGCUGUCAUGCUACGGACAAUGUGUACAGCAUUCCCAAUGUUUAAAAAAUCCAAAAACACACACAAAAAAAUCACAAAAACACACAAAAAAAGAUUAGUCCUUGAAGAAAUGUAAUGUUUCCACAGUGAAUGUUGCAUGCAUAGAUGGCAGUUUGUUAAUAUUCAUUUUGUUUUGAAUUUUCUUUAUUUUUUAUUUUUCUUCCAGAUUCAUCAAAAAUAAAAACAACUAAUUAAAAAAAAAAAAAAACAGGCUUGUUCUAAAGAUUGUAAAAACUGAAACAAAAGCAGUAUGAGAAUUGUACAAAAAUGCUUGUAAAUCUGUAUCAGUUUUCAUUUUAUGUAUAAAUCCAUGUCAUGUUUUUGUGAUUGUAUACAAGAUGUAUCUUGAGAAAUUAUGCAAAUUGUGCUGUAGAAAGGCUGUUACUUCAGUCUGACAAAUAAAUAUUUAAAAUAUC